AUGUCAAGGAAAUUUGUUUGCUUACCAGGGUACUUACAAAGUGGGAAGGUGUUUGCGGAAAAGUCUUCAGGCAUUCGGAAGAUUUUGACAAAGAAGUACAACUGUCAACUUGACUACAUUGAUCCACCGAUUCUUAUCCCCAAUAAGGAAGAACUUCCAUUCACUCUUUCCGAAGACGAGAAUGAGGCUAAUACAAAGUUCAGUGGACUUGUUGAUCUUAACGUAAACCGUUGUUGGUGGUCUCAUAAAUCUACACCUUGUAGAUAUGAACAUUUUGAUGAAGCACUUUCAUAUGUUGUGGAUUAUAUUAAAGAAAACGGCCCUUACGAUGGGAUUAUCGGGUUCUCACAAGGAGCUGCAAUGGCAGCCAUAGUUGCUAACAAUAUUAACAAGUUGUUACCAUCCCAUGAGAACUUUAAAGUGGCAGUGAUUAUCUCCGGAUUUGCAUUUGUUGAACCUAAAAAUCCCGAAGAUGACCGAGAAAAGUUGAAUACUGAAAUUACAGAUGUUCUGACUUAUACUGAAAACGUUAACCUUGUUCCAGGAUAUGAGAAGUAUUUUCAAGCCCCAACGGAUUUCGAUACAAGCAUUAUUCUGAUAUAUGGUAGUAAUGAUUUUGCUGUUCCAAAUGUCAGAAGUCGUCAUUUGGAGUCCCUUUAUGCUCUUGCGGUACUUAAUACUUUUGUACACGAUGGAGGUCAUUUAGUACCCAAUAAAAAGCAGUUUCUUAAUCCUGUUGUCGAACAGAUUGAGUCAUCAUUAGAAAGCAAACCCAACUUAUGA